CGUUAGUUGACGAAAUCAAAAUGGCGUCUUUCAUGGGAUAGUGCAUAUAUCCGCCGCACAUAUUCGAGACUUGGAAUAAUAAUCGUGAUAACGACAUUAUAUCAGUGAUAUAAACUGUUUGUGGACUUUUACUUAGUGUUAAAGUGUUUAUAUUUGUUCAAGAAAGUUAUUAAAGUGACAUCGUCGCUGAACACAAGUUUCCGCUAAGGUGAAUGGGAGGCAGCGCAGGAUGACAUCUGGCGGCUGAGGCGCCGCGCGCCGCCGACACGCGCACAACAACAACAUGUCGUUCUUUAACAAUCUUAAAAAGGUGCUGCACCUCGGUAGCGGAAAUGACGCGAAAAAGAAAAAGGUGUUUAGCAACAUCCGGGACAACAGCGACCCUAAUGAACACUGGGAUAUGAUAGGUGAACUCGGAGAUGGCGCAUUCGGCAAGGUAUACAAAGCACAGCACAAGAGCACAGGUCAGCUCGCCGCUGCCAAGAUGUGUGUGCUUGACAACGAAGAUGACCUGGCUGACUUCACGGUGGAGAUAGACAUUCUUAGCGAAUGUCGACAUCCGAAUGUAGUCGAGUUACACGAAGCAUAUUUCAUUGAUAAUAAAUUAUGGAUGUUGCUGGAAUACUGCGACGGUGGUGCCCUAGAUUCAGUAAUGGCGGAACUGGAGAAGGGUCUGAACGAGGCGCAGAUAGCUUACGUGUGCCGCGAGAUGUGCCGCGGGCUGCAGUUCCUGCACUCGCGACGUGUUAUACAUAGAGAUUUGAAGGCGGGGAAUGUACUCGCUACUAUGACGGGCGGAGUUAAAUUAGCUGACUUCGGUGUGUCGGCAAAGAACAAGUCGACACUGCAGAAGCACGACACAUUCAUCGGGACGCCGUACUGGAUGGCUCCUGAAGUGGUACUCUGCGAGACAUUCAGAGAUCAUCCUUAUGAUUUCAAGGUGGACAUCUGGUCGUUGGGCAUCACGCUGAUCGAGUUCGCACAGAUGGAGCCGCCGAACCAUGAGAUGACACCGAUGAGAGUUCUCCUCAAGAUACAGAAGAGUGACCCUCCCGCCCUCGACCAGCCCUCGCGCUGGUCAAAACCCUUCAAUGACUUCAUCGCUAAAGCUCUAGUCAAGGAUCCAGAAAAAAGGCCAACAUCCAGCGAACUAUUGAAACACGAGUUCGUCAGCGGCGAAUUGGAUUCUAAACCCCUCAGAGACUUGCUGCUGGAGUACAGAGCUGAAGUCGUCGAGGAGGAGCUAUUGGAUGAUGACUCUGAGGAGCAUCGCAGCUCCCAGAUGCACAUGGAGAUAGAAGAUGACUCGACGUCUGUGCGCUCGGGCGAGACGCCGGACAUCAAGAUGUCGGAGGAGCCAUCGGCGGGUACUCCGUCCCCGCCGGGUGCUUCGCGUAUAUUUUUGUUACUCCCCGCCCCCCGCACGCCCAAGAAACAGCCCGCCCCGCCUCCUCCCGCCGCCGCAGCCGCUGGAAGACAUAUUGUCGAUCAGGUAUGCAGAGAAGCUGAAAAAGUUGUUGAACAAAAAACAGAUAAAAUAACAGAAAAAUUACAUAUCAGCGAAAUAAAACCAAAGCAAGAUAAUAGACUGAAUAAAUCAACAGAAGAGAAGAUUAAUACAGAAAUAAGAGUGACAGAGAGAGAUAAAGAACGUUCUAAAUCAACUUCCACGAAUUUAGAUAGAGUAGUAGAGACGAGUAGAGUUACCGCAGAAGUUAAUAGAAUAGAAAGAGAGAAUAGAUCAAGGUCUGUGGAUGAUAAAGACAGAGUUAGUAUAGAAGUGACGAGAGUUGGACGUUUGGAGAAGAAGGAAUAUUCAAGAUCUAGUUCUGUGGAAGAAGAUAGAGUGCACAAUGCCGUUGAAAUAAGGCCUGUUACUCCGCCAUCAUCCCGGUCACGUGACAUCAGGCCAGCAGUAGCGGCGGUGACAGUGGUGGCUGUCAGUGCUGAGCCAAACUCUUUAGCCGCGUCACCAGCAGGACUGGUCACCGUCACCACCACACAUCCACCAGUAUUGAAUACUUUGACGUUGCCGCCCAACGCAGUAACAAUAUCAACAACACCACCGAUAGCUGAUGAAGUAGUGAUUGUUGGAGCCGGCUCAUCAUCAGACGAUGAUUGCUUCGCACCAUCAUCACUGGACUCACUUGAUUGUGCCAAUUCUUGUAGUGAAAAGAGUCGAGGUCGUCGUCUGGAUAGUAGCGAAGUGUUGAUCCUGAGUCCCGGAGCUGCUGCUGAUUCUGGAGUCUUCGAUGAUAGUGUAGCCAAUGGACUCAAUCUGGAUACAUCUCACGUGUCCGUGGUGACUGUGGGCGCGGAGGAGGUGCGCGUGCGAGACUCCGCAGCUACGCACAUCGCGCUCGCGCCCACGCGCCUCUCUCCUGACAGCUUUGAUAGCAGACGAUCACAAUCAGACAGCGGGUCUGUCGCAUCCGCGUCCUCACGUCGCGGUGCAGACGCGGACUCGUUGGCUACCACCGCCUCGCAUGACUCCGCACCGCAUGCAAUGCCACAUGACACACAAUUAAAUGGUGGCACAAGAGUGAACACAGACAGCCAAGACCUGGAUAAUGGAGAGCAGGUGGUGUUGAGGCGGAACAGACAGGAUCCAUCUAAUCGUAUUCAAAGAUCUAAAGAAGACAUACAUAUAGCAAACUUGAAGAAAAAAACUCGGAAGAGAACGAGAAAGUUUGAAAUAGAUGGAGUCAUUGUCACUACAACUACAUCGAAGGUGAUAUGGGGCGACGAGGAGAGCGGGCGUACAUGGGACGACCACGCGCUGCGCAAACAAGAGCUGAGAGAGAUUAAGAUGCUGCAGAAACAGGAGCAGAAGCAAUUCCAGGACCUCAACGCUAAAGAGCACCAGCUCAGAGAGCAACAGGACAAGAGAUUCGAAGCAGAGCUAGGCAGUCUAGCGCGUGCACACGAAGCUGAGCUAGAAGCGUUAGCGCGCAGUCAGCGUGCUGCAGCUGAACGUGCUGAGCAACAGUUAGAAGCUGAACUGCGCCAGCAGGCGAAACGACUGCGCGCUGAGCACGAGAGAGAUCUGCGCCACUUCAGAGAUACGUUGAAACAGGAGCUCAGGCUUUUGAAGCAGGAAGUGGAGUUAGUUGCUAAAGAGAGGAGAAAGGAGGCGUACAGACAGAGACGUGCCCGGCUGGACGCGGAGCAUGCGGAGAGAGAACGCGCAUUCGUCGCGGCGCUCGCUGACUCCGCAGACGGAGUACUGCGACGUGUACACGAACAUCAUAGGGAGAGGCAGGCACUUGCUGACAGGCAAUACCUGCAGCAGAGGCAACAGAUAAUGCGUACCAGAGAAGCUGCGCUGUGGGAGUUGGAAGAGAAACAGAUACAUGAGAGACAUCAGUUGGCAAAGCGUCAGCUUAAAGAUGAGUUCUUGUUGAGACGACAUCAGAUGCUGGUCAGACAUGAUAAAGAACUGGAGCAGAUUAAAAGAAAGAACACACGUAAAGAGGAGGAAUUAAGCAAAUGUCAGGCAUUAGAGAAACGUUCGUUACCAAAACGUAUCCGCGCGGAGCAGAAAGCACGAGAGAUGAUGUUCAGAGAGUCGCUGCGUAUCGCCGGCACAGCUCAUGAUGAUGACCGUGACAGACUCAAGAAGUUCCAGGAGAACGAGAAACGUAGAUAUAGAGCGGAACAGCAAAGGCUCGCAACCAAACAUGCUAAAGCCAAGGAGGAAUUAAAAGCUGCUGGAGAGGCCCUCCUCCGUGAGCUGGAGCAGUACCAGAAUGAGAAGCGCAAGGCGCUGAUGAACCACGAGAGCAGCAAGAUGAAGUCCGUCGAGGAGAGAUACGCCCUCGAGCUCAAGGAGUGGCGCGCCACCCUCGGUGAUAGGAAGACGAACCUCAUUAGAAGCUUCGAGAAACAACUCGACGAUCACGAGAAGAAAUACGGGAAGACCAUACCUGAUAGAUCUUUGUAUCUUGAAGCUCCCUGGCCGAGGAAUGUUUUACAACAUGUUCUCAGCGCGUAUCAACAAAGAACAUCAUUCAUAGGUUCCUUAUCCAGGUCUAGGACAAGUCUGAACCUAGCACUAUCCAACUCAAAUACACCUAACAUGGACAGAAGACGUUCAGUCAGUCCAAAUAAUGACUACAGGACAUCAAAAUCAGCAGCAUCCAGUGUUUCUAAUACAUCAAAACGUGGGAAAUUAAUUAAAGCUCAAAGAUAUAGUUCUACGUCUAAUUUGAAAUUAGUAUCAGAGAAGAUAUCAGGCUUUUCAGUGUUCCGUGGUUCGGAUGAUGUACGACGUGAGCCAAUUAUGGCUUACGAUAUGAUGGAGAGUAAGAAAAUUGAAGAAGAACCGAGAAAAAGUCUAGAAAGAUCGAAACCUGUACAUAAAAUGCCGAUUUCUGUUAGAAAUAUGAGUCCAGCAAGAGUGAAACCGAAGUUAAAUAGACAAAGUAUGAGUGAACAAGCUUUGUUAGAGAAGAACGAAGAUUUACUAAAGCGAAGUGUUUCACAGCAAAAUUUGAAACAAGAUAUAGCUAUGGAGGCGGUUGUUAUCGAUAUGCCGAUAUCGAAAUACGAUAGUUUUAAAAGUAACAGCACUAUAGAUAGUGUCGAUAUCGAUAAAGAUAGUGAUGCGACACAUUUUAGUAGAUGGGGACCUGUUCGGGGAUCUAAUAGUUAUUCGAACCAAGGCGACAUCCCUGUCAGUCAACUUUCGACUAUGAACUUUAAGGCGGCUCUGGGUACAGACAAGAAUGGACCUCCUGACUCUAUGGCUUAAUUAUACACUUUUUUUUUUUCAUAAAUUCAAUAAGCAUGCUUGUACUUUCAGCCAACGCUUAUCAAAUAUUUCCGUGUUUGCCAGCUGUCAAAAUGAUUUUGACAACUGUCAAAGCUAUUUUGACAGCUGUCACAUUUAAUUUAUUAGCAAUUUUUUAUUACCUUUUUAUAAAUUUGAUGAUAACGCAAACAUAAAUCAGUCUUCUUCUUAAAUAUCAUUGCUUUACCAAAGAUGGCUUCCUUUAAUCAAAUAUUCCUUCCAUUUUGUAUUUGCCAAAAUUUUUAAAUAUUUUGUAAGAUUUAUAAAAUUAAUAUUU